AUGUCAGUCCCCCAGGCGUAGGUAAGGUACGUGGACAUGGGUACGGCGAAGUAAAAUUGUGCAGCCAAAAAAAAAAGUAAAUCGUCGUUAUUAUUUCUGGACCCGAGCCGAAAACGCUGGUCCAAAAUAUCAGUGCUAUUCUACGUGUGCACAAAGAAGCAAAAGGCAAGCAAAAAGUUCCAAAGCUGCAGCCCCAAAAAAAUCUCCCGUAACUCUCACAAAGCCAGAAGACUCAAAGCAAAAGGACUGGGAAGCUUCCCACCAUUCGGGAGGCGGGCAGCAAAUCCAAGCAAAGCUCGAGCUCAUCAAGCAGAAGACGCCAUGCCGAUGCCCGCGCUUCUCCUCAACACCUCCGUCUCCCUCUCCAACCCCAAGCCAUCGUCAUCGCCAUCAUGGCCCGUCGCCUCCUUCAGGCCCUCAUCCUCCUCCUCCUCCCGCCCCCACCACAGAUGCCACGCCGCUUCUUCCUCCACCAGAUCCACCGGCGGCGGGAGCAGCUCGUCCUCAUCGUCUUCUAGCUCCAGCGGCGGCGGGCGCGCGAGGACCGGGUCGUCGUGGACGACGGAGUACGACCUGUACGAGCUCCUGGGCGUGGAGCCCACCUCGCCGCACGCGGAGAUCAAGGCGGCCUACCGCGCGCUGCAGAAGCGGUGCCACCCGGACGUGGUCGCCGCCUCUUCCUCCUCCGCCUCCGGCGACGGCGGAACCCCGUCGGCGCACGACAUGGCGGUGGUUCUCAACGAGGUGUACGCGCUGCUGUCGGACCCGGCGGCGCGGCGGGCCUACGACCGGGAGCACGCGGCGCGGUCCGAGUUCCAGGGAUACACGGGGCGGCCUCUCUACUCGUCGUGGCGCGGCGGGGAGGGCGAGACCCGGGCGGUGUUCGUCGACGAGGUCGCCUGCGUGGGCUGCCUCAAGUGCGCGCUCCACGCCGGCCGCACCUUCGCCAUCGAGUCCGCCCACGGCCGCGCCCGCGUCGUCGCCCAGUGGGCCGACGAGGAAGACAGGAUCGUCGACGCCAUCAACACCUGCCCUGUUGACUGCAUCUCGAUUGUGGAGAGGUCGGAUCUGGCGGCGCUCGAGUACCUGAUGUCGAAGCAGCCGCGCCGCCGAGUCCGGGUCUCGGAAAGCAGCGGCGCGGGGUCGCCGAACAUCUUCGCCGAGGUCCGCAAGUUCAAGGCCAGAUUCGAGCAAAUGGAGCACAAGUCCGCGACGAGACAAUACGAGGAGUCGGAGGCGGCGCGGCAGUCGAGGACGUCGGUGGUCCAGACCAUCAUUUCGAUGUCCAACUGGUGGUACUGGCGCCCGUUCAGAGCCCCGGCCGGCGCGGCCGCUGCCGCUGUCCCUGCUCCUCUCCGCCUGCUCCCACCGCCGCGGCCUUCUUCUUCUCCUUCUUCUUCCUCCGACCCCGUGACGGAGAGGCUCAAAGAAGCAGCGGCCCGGCGCAAGGCGGGGGGCUCGACGGCGGCGGCGGCGGAGGACGCCCGCCGCCGCGACGAGUACUGGACCCCACAGCUGAACCUGCCGUCCACGGCCUCGUUCCCGGCGCCGGGAGCUCAGAGCGCCGCCGCCGCCGCCGCGGCGCAGAAGGAGAGCCGCACGCGAAGGUCGACCGGCGUGGCGAGGAGCGUGAGGAGGAGAAGCAUCGACCUGACGGCGCCGCUGCUGGUGGGGAUCGUGGCGGCGGGGAUCACCGGGUACAACAGGGAGGAGAUGGCGGCCGGGGGCGGCGGGAUCGAGGACCACUUCGGCGGCGCGGCCGCGCUCGGGGUGGUGAACAGCUUCGAGCUCCAGGUCGUCCUGGCCGGCGUUACCUGGUUCGUCAUCGCCGCGGCGGUCGCCGGGUUCCUUCAGCUUCUUGGGAGGAGAAACGAAGAAGAGUUCAGGGAAUAAUGAAUGAAUGCGCGCGCAACCAUGGGCGGCAAUGGCUACUCGUAUAUACUGUAUAGGAUAGUACUCCAGUAGAAUUUUGAGUAGGAUUAUUGUAUUGGCAACUGAUACAAAAGGAUGUAUAUAGCGUUACAUGUAGCAUACACGUAUGACAUUUUGUUACGACAAGGUAAACAAGCUCUCUACCGAAAGCUUAAAACACCGUCGAA